UAAAAGCAUUUAAGUUUGAAAGCAGGCCGUUGAAGACGGAGAGCGAGCUAGUGAAUAAUCGUGUUUAAUUGUGCGUUGACGGAGAGUUGAGAGCAGGAAAUGUCUUUUCCGCGAGCGAAACGAUUUACGGAGAAACCAAGUUGUGCACCACCACCAGGAAGUUAUGAUCCAAAAUUUGAUUCUAAAGUCAAGGGGUUGGUCAUCGAGAAAAGUGAAAGAUUUACUGAUCUCAAACCACAAGUUGCAGGAGCUGAAAAUCCCAACACUUCAAUAAAAAACUGCAGUUCAUCCUCACUGCCUGUGUUUCGUACUCCACAACCACCAAGGAAACUAAGAGAGAAUUCCCAGAGAUCCAGGUCCCAAACCACUGGAUUGCAGCAUGCUGGUAAAAAGGACAGUGCGACAGAUACAGAAGACAUUGACACACAGUCAGAUGAUGGCUGCUUCAACUGUGAUGGCAAAAGGAGGUUGCGAUUUGAUAGCAUGGACAGAUCAUUUACCAGUGAAAAAAUUGAGGAAUUGUCAAGAGAAUUGAAAGAAUGUAGAAGUAGGUGUCUGUCAUUAGAGGUUGCAAUUUCUCAAUUGGAAAUUGACAAAAAGAAUUUAAGCAGUAUUCAAAAUGAAAUGACUGAAGAGUUAUCCAAAAAUAAAUUGUCCCUACAGAUAAGUCAAGAUAAAUGUUGUGUUUUGAAUAAUGAGCUUGAACUGAUGAAAGAAACAUUGCAAGCUGAAAAGAUAAAAUAUCAGGAACUCAAGAAUUCACAUGAUGAAGAGUACAGGAUGCUGGAAGAAUCCCACAGGAGACUUAAUGAAACAUUCAAUGAUCUUAAACAGGGUUCAGAAAAAUUGCAACGUGACUGGGAAUCUCAAGUGUUGGAAGAGAAAGCUAUAAAUUCUGACUUAUCAUCAAAGGUUGCACAAAAACAGCAGAUGAUACUUAUGUUACAGGGUGAACUUUCAUCAUUGGAAGUUGAGUUUGAGGACUGCAAAGCAGAGCGCGAUAAAAUGGUCAGUGAGCAUAACAUAGAAAAGGCUGCAUUGCUGUGUGAAUACAGCAAAAAUAUUGAAAAGCUUGAAAAACAGAUAGAACAGAUAGAAAGCAGGCAUUCUGUAGAAAAGCUUGCUCUAGAGGAACAUCUUAGAAACUUGGAGACAGAUUGCACAGAAUAUAAGAUGGCAAAAACUAGUUUGGAAGCUGUGCUGAGUGCCAAGGAAAUGGAAGUCUCAGAGUUGACUGCAGAGUAUGAAAUCCAGAAAGCAGAGUAUGCUGACAUGAAACUGAAACAUGAUACAGAUUUUAAAAUCUUAUUAGAACAGUUUCAGAACUUAGAAGAUACAUUUUCGUAUAUAAAUAGAUUUUCUGAGGAAUGUGCACUGAAACUAAAAGAAAUAAGUUCAAAGUAUGAAACAUUGAUAAAACACAUUUUGGAACUGCAUAGCAAUAAAGUCAAGGAGCUGGAGAAUUAUAUGGACUUGAAGAUAGAAGGUAUGAAGAGAGACUCAGAAAAAACAAUUUCUGAUUUAGAGGAAUCAGUUUUGCUGUUAAAGAAAGAAAAAGUCUAUACUGAGGACAAGUUAGCCUUUAAAACUGAAGAACUUCAUAGAAUAUCUGCUGCUUUAGCUUUGUUACAGGAUGAAAUAGGUCAGAUUACAGCCACACGAGAUGAACUUAGAGUUUCAAAUGUUGAGCAGCAGGUAACAAUAGCAGAACUGAAAGACAAAUUGGAUUCUGUAAGUGUGGAGCACAACCUGUGUAAAGAAUCGAUGGCAACUCUGAAAUGCUCCUUAGAAGCAUCCGAGGAUCAGAAUCGUAAAUUUGAAGUUGGCAAUAGAAAUCUUAGAGACAGCUUGCAGGCUCUAGGUGUUCGUCUUUUAGAAAGUGAGAAAGAUGUGGAGCAACUGACUGCGACAAGGGACCAGCUUCAAGCAGAAAAAGAAGAAUUAAUUGCAGAAGUGGCAGACUACAAGGAGAAACUGAUCACACAAGAGGAAGAAUUACAGAAGAUUGAAAAAGAAAAUCUGAGGCAGAUAGAACAAAUCCGAAAUGAGCUGCUUGAGAAAAUAGAUACUUUAAAAUGUAAAUCAGUAUUGAAAACUCAGAAUAUGCAGAGUAUGAGACAUGACGUAGAUUCAUUUGCUGGUCAACUUUCUAUGUUUACAGAAAAAUUGCAUCAAGUAAAUGAAUAUGUUGUACAAUUAGAAACUGCAUCACAAGAGCAAGAUGCAAACAUUCAAGAACUCCAGAUGCGAUUGCAGGCAAGAGAAAAAGAACUCUUAGAAACCCAAAGUUCUUUGGAGCAGCAAGCAAAGUCCUACGAAGAACGCAUAUCUGAGCUAGAGGAUGCACUGAAGCGGUCAGAAGCAGAUAUUGAUGUUAUUGCUGAAAAAUUGGACCACCACAAAGAAUGUGCUCAGAAACAGAUUGGUCAGCUUAUGCAGGAACUUGAAGUAAACAGAGACUUUUCCCAGAAAUCAGCACAGCAUAUAGUUGAUUUAACAGCAUUAAAUGCAGAUAUUCAAGCUUGUGUAGAUAAUUUGUCAGUGCAAAACAUGGAUCUUAAAAGAAAUGUAGAAGUUAGUGGUAAUGAAAUAAUGGACAUAACUCUUCAAUUGAACUGUGCCUUAAUAAAACAAAGCCAGUGUGAAACUGAACUUAAUAAAUUAAAACUGGAGAGAGACGAAAUCACAGUAAAUUUAUCAACACUGAAAAAAUGCAGUGAAGAACAUUUGAAGCAAAUAUCUGAUCUCGAAAAUAUAAAGAUUAUCAAAGAAAAGGAAAUAGAAGAAGCUGAGAGUAAUAUAGUCAGACUUCAGUGUGAAGUUGCUUCAAAAGAUGAGGCGAUUAGAGAGCUGAAAUCAGAGUUGGAUGAAUUUAAAGAAAGAUACAGUCCAGAAAAGUUUGAAGCUGCAGAAAAAAAGUUACUUGAAGCAGAAAAUACUAAGACACAGCUGAUGUCUCAAAUUCAGCAGCUUAAAGAUGAAAUUUCAGGUUCACUGUCAGAGCUUUCAACAAACAAGUUACUAGUCGAAGAAAAAUCUCAAGAGCUUGAGAAACUGCAACUGACAAUUCAAGAUAUGCAAAAUAUUUUGAAUGACAAACAGCAUGAAAUUGAUUGCCUUAGCCAAGAGAAGAAUGAUCUCCAGCAGUGUAAGAUUUUGGCUGACAAAGAGUUGGCAAAAGCAGAACAAGAAAUAAAGUUUCUGAAAUUGUCAGUUAAGAAACUUGAAGCAGAAACAAAAAAUAAGAUUGAUAAAUGUAAACUUGCUGAGCUUGAAAACACUGUGGUGGAACUGAGAUUGAAGUUGACAACUGCAGAGGACCAAUUUAACAGGCAGUUGCAAGAAUAUGAAGAAAGAGCUCUACGUGCAGAGAGACAGUGUUGUCAGCUAGAAGCUCUAGUGGGACCAUUCAGGAAGCAGUUGGAGAGUUUUCUUGCAGAACGAGGAGAAAUUCUACGAGGAAAAGAUGAAACAGAGGAUGAACUGCGAAAUCUAGCUCUGAAAUACGCUCAUCUACUUGGUCAUCAGAAUCACAAACAGAAAGUAAAAUAUGUUGUUCAGUUACAAGAGAAGAAUAUGGAACUUCGUGAGGAAGUGGAAAAACUGAGAUCACAGGCUCGUGCUCAGAAGGCUACAGUGGACAAAUUGAAGUCUGAAUUGACAGCCUCAGCCCGUAAAAAAGUGGGUACUACUACUGCAGCCAGGCAAAUUCUUAAGAAUAGGGAUAACAGUCCCGGGAAGAAACCUCCAAAGGGAAAAGAUGGUGGUGAUGUAAGUCCUGCACGGCAUGUACCUGUGGGAAAAGAGAACAGCCCCAUUCAUACUAACUUCGUAAGAAGUAAAGAAAAUGGUUCAUCAAACAUGUCACCUGUUGCAACGUCUACACCAAAAGCAUUUGUAGACAGAGGAAAUAAUGCCUAAAAGUAAUCUGAACUUACCAAUUUUGUAUCAUGCACUUGAUGUGUAAAUUUUUUUUUGCUCACAAAUGUUAUUUAUUUUAAUUUUUAUUCAUUUGCUAAGGGUGAAUUGUGGUGGCUGAGUGCUAAAAAUUUCACUUAAUUUAAUGGAUGAUUUUGUCCUUGUAGAAGAAGGCAGACAUUAAUGAUUUCAUUCAGCAAUUAGCUGUCUCUGUACUUUUCAGGUGACACAGUUCUUGUAACAUCUCUAGUUGCCAAAAAUUUAUGACUCAAUUCUUCAAAAGAAAUGAGAUGUCCUGGCUUAGCAGUAGAAUAAUUGCUUUGUAGAAAAAUGCUCAAUAACAAAAUUUAAAAAAUGAAGGGGUGACUACCACAAUUCACUAAUUGCAAAGUGUGGUGUAAUUUUAAUAUUUGAAUUAUCUGACUGUGUGUGUGUGUGUGUGUGUGUGUGUGUGUGUGUGUGUGUGUGUCUUGUAAAGGAACAAAGACUGACAACUUGCUUCCAUAAAUUUACCAUGUCAUUUCCUUACAUUCCAGUGUAACAACUGGUUUUGUUAUAUGCCAAAUUAGUGUGUAAGAAUUCUGUGUAAAUACUUGACUGCGUUGUGCUGUCUUUACCAAAUCAUAGUGGCACAUAUUUUUACCGAGACUGAUGCUGUCUUUUGAAGCUUGUAAAUGGGUGUUAAGAUUUUAGCAUAAGACAAACCUACACUGUUGGUUUUUAGUAAAUUUGUAUGUGUUGAUAGUUGUACAUUUAAGUCAUCAUGGACAUUCAAAUUUUACAUAUACUGGAGGCUACCCAUUCAAAGAAAAAGUUUCAGCAUAGUGUGAUAAGUUUUUAUUUUUAUAUUGUAAUAAAUUUGUUGAAUGCACAGCUGUAUUGGCUGUGACAUAAGUGUAUACAAUUUUUUGUGUCUUUGUAUUUCUUUAUUUGAUAUAUCUUGUUUCUGUGUGUUCUGGGAGUGAGAAGCAAACCUUUGUUAAGUCACAUUACAGUGAUGGUCAUUUGGUUUGUGAUACUCGUCCAUUCUAAUAUGUGCUAAUGUUUCUUGGCUUUCAAUAAAGAAGGGACAUAAUGUCUGUCUGAA